AUGACAUCAUCACAGUGGAAGCCAGAGGAUCACGUUCCGAAGAAGAUCACGGAUCUCCUCAAAAAGGAAAAUAGCGAUCCCCAAAACUAUAACUGCAUCACUGCAUUCUACCAUAUGGUCUCUCUUCUCAAAGAGCAGAAGAGAACGGGAUGGCUAGACAUGAAAGUGCCCGAUCCAGAGUCUAUUGGCGAUCAUAUGUACAGGAUGUCGCUAAUUGCGAUGUCGUUGAACAAGGACCGGUUCCAGAAAGAUGGAAAGUACCCGGAUUUGGCCCAAUGCACGAAAAUCGCAUUGGUUCACGACAUUGCGGAAAGCUUGGUCGGCGAUAUUGUGCCAAACGAUCCACAGGUUGGCAAGCCAGAGAAGCACGAGAGGGAAUACAGCACUGUGAAGUACCUGGCCGGUGUUAUCGAGCCCUAUAAUCCCGCUUUUUCCAAAGAACUUGUCGACUUGUGGCUUGACUACGAGUACCAGAGAACUUUCGAGGGCACUAUCGUCAAGGACAUCGACAAGUACGAGCUUCUGCUCCAGACGUUUGAGUAUGAGCGACUCCACAACAUCCAUUUGGACGAAUUCUACUCGUGCCAGGCUGUGAUCAAGAACCCGGAGAUGAAGAGGUUGGCUGAAAGACUCAUGCAGGAGCGGGCGGCAUUCUGGGCCUUGCAGAACUGA